UGCAUCUUCGAGCCAAGAAAGUAACUUCUUCGGCUACGUAUCCACUCUUAUGCAGCUGUCUCGGCUAGAAGAUUUGCUGCCGUUAUCGCAUCAGAAGGAACAUGGAAAAGAGUCGCCGCGGUUGGGCCAUCCAUCCUUGACGAUGGCAAUGGUGGUCCUCACGCCCAUCGCGCUGAUGGUGCUGUUCAAUGUUCUACGAGCAGGCAGAACCAAAGACGAGUUGCUCUGCGGCACGCCGGAUUGCAUUGACCACGCCUACAUCCUCGGCCUCAAGGGCCGCGAUCCGCCACCAUGCACGGGCUUCGGCGACUUCGUCUGCUCCGGCUGGAAGGCAAAUACUCGGGGCGUCGGCGCAGCCGUCACAGCCGACGCUGUGUUCUCGUGGUUAGCGACGGUCGAGAAGAUGAGUCUCGGUGACUUCGACCGGCAGGCCGUAGUCAAUCGGCCGCUCAGCAUGAUGCGCGAGUGCAUGGUGAGGACUGACGGCGGAGGAGAGGGCGCCGUGACUCGUCUCAUCGACUUCGUAGACGGCAGCAGCUUCGCGUGGCCGACGGCCGGAGACGAUCGCCAAGGGCAGAUCGUCGACUACGGCCGGCCGUUGCAGCUGCUUCUCGAGCUCUCCGUCUCGUGGGCUCUGCCGCUGUGGUUCCGAGCACGCAUGGUUCCGGCUGUGGCGUCCGCUCGUCUACAGCUUGCGGGUCGCGCCAUCGUUUUCACUCCGAGCGCGCUAGCGUCCAUCUGGAGAAUUGUACACGUGACCUUGACGGACUACGAAGCCUAUCCCGCCUACCUGAGCUACUUUAACGAAACCAUAUUCAAGCACCGACCUCCGUCGCCGUCCUUCGCGUCCUUCCUGGUCGGCAGAAGUGCCCACGUGCAGACGGUAGUGCUUAACAAACUCUCCGAAGUCUUCGACUACCCGGUCAUUCAGCCCAGACUAUUGGAAAUCCGAGGCCUUCCGAAGCGGGUCCGCAAUCUGGACGCCGAGGUGUGGUUGCGCACAUUUCAAUCCGUUUUCGGCGCUAACGGGACUGUGACAACAGGCGACCUUAUUUUGACGACGAGCGACGACCUACUCAGGGCCAUGGACUUUAUCACAGAGGCGAACAGUGCUCAGGACAUUUUCUAUCACACGAUCUGGUGGUUCUUGCAGUUUGUCGGAGCCGCGACGAGCGACCGGCUCUUCCAGUCUGCAAGCGACCAUCCACAAGGCAAGCGCUACCAGCAAGCCAUCUGUUUCGCCCAUGUCGACACGACGUACAACGCCCUCCUGGCAUCGAUCAGCAAAGCGCUGAUGUCGACGCACGAACACCUCGCCAUCGCGAACCAACUAGAGAACAUUCGCACCAUCGCUCUCGAGAAACUGCGGUCCUACUUCAAGCACAGCGCUGAGACGAGGGAAGCACUCUCCGCGGUCCUCGAGGGCAUGUCCACUGUCAUCUGGCCGGAGGACGACUUCGGAAGACCCGGCGGCUUUGAACAGUACUUUGGGGAACCUUACCGCGGCCAGGACGGCUUUUUCGGCGAAUGGCGAUGGAGCCGCUUGCAACGGCAGGCCCGGAAUUCCGCAGAGCUCAGCUGGGACACUCAGUAUUACGUGGCCUUCGCGGAAACCUACGCGCCGGGCUCGUCGCACUUGACCGCGUACAAUCCUGUGCGCAACGCCAUCUUUAUUUCGGUGGCGGCCCUGCGGCCCCCGUUCUACUACAAGGAAGCCACAAGCGCCAUGAUGUACGCGGGACUCGGCUACCUAUACGCCGAGGGCAUCUUCAACGCCCUGAACACGAUGGUGCACCUCUUCGACGGGGCCACCACAAUGCAGCUGUCUGAGAAGCCGAGCACGCGGGCGUUCUGGGAGACAUCGUCAUGCCCGGGAGCUCUAGGAGCGCAAACGUUUCCAGCACUGCUCGCGUUGGAUGUCGCUUACACGGCGUACUUGCGGUUCAGGAACGAGAGCUCGGACUUAAGGCUAAAAGAACUGCCCGACUACAGUCCCGAACAGGUCUUCUUCGCCACCUUCUGCCACGGCACUUGCUGGGCCGAUGGUUUCGGGAAAAAGGAGUCCUCGGUCUGCAACCUGGCAACUCAAAAUUUCCAUUUGUUCAUGAAAGCGUUUUCUUGCAAUGUUACCGCUGACAUGAUGCCUUACGCGAAAUGCGUGCACGACUGAAUGGACGCCUCGGUGAGCACUCGGGAGCUCUCUUAACGCUAACUUUGAGUUUAUACUUUGCGCUGAACUACGUUUCCCGGUUUUUCAGAGAAUGGACAAGUGACAAGUGACAAGUGUUGCGAGUUUUGCUACGCAUUUUCUUUUUUGCUUUGUUAGCGUUUCCGCUGCAAUCUCUCCGCGUUAUAUCGCUGCGUGGCCUUGUUAACACAGGUGACGCGCUGAAAGAAGAGCAGCCAGUCCUCAAGUAGUAACGUGUCGUUCUACCAUCGCAAUGUUUGAAUGGGUUUCACGUUAGCGGCAUUUAAUUCUCCGCAUUUAUUUUACAAGGCAUUGUUUGCAUUGAUCCUGCCCUGUCAGCAUCAGUCUUGCACGCGCGUUUCAAGCUGCUACGGAUGGCUCUGCGUCCGGGGCAGACUUCAAUGUGCCGUUUUACCGUUUGCUAGCUCAGCGGUGUCGCUUUGCGCUACCGCGUGUGCCGAGCGCUUUUAAAUAGACUGGCGAUUAUAAACAACGAACGCUUGCACUCGAUGGGUGCCAUCCAUCACACGUGGCAAUUCACUCGUGCAGUGGAGUACGUUUUUCCCUUGCCGCUAUUAAACGCGCGAAAUCCUUA